AAUCAAGAACGAUGGUUUGGAAGAUUGUGUUGGUGAUCUGCCUAUCAGGCUAUGUCCAAAGUGAAAGGGGUGCUAUAUCACAGCAAAGAGUGGUAAUACACCAAAUAAAAUCUGAGGAAAGUGACAAACCCAUACAAGUCGGAUCAAAGAAAUCAGAGUAUCGAGAAGAAUAUGCUUGGUCUUAUCCUUCUUAUGAAUUCUCUUAUAAAGUAAACGAUCCUGAAACAAAAGACAUAAAAGGUCAACAUGAAAAGAGACAUGGUGAUGAAGUAAAAGGAUUAUAUUGGCUAAUCGAACCAAAUGGCCAAAAAAGAACUGUAAAUUAUCAAGCUGAUGAUAAUAAUGGAUUUAAUGCUCAAGUUGAUUAUACCGCUAAGCAACAAAGUACAGAAUAUAAAUCUAAAAAUAUUGAUGAAAAUAAUGAAGUUGAGGAAAAAGCUAAAGAAAUAAACGAAACUAAUGCUCCGAUCGAAGAAAUUAAUACUAGUGAUAAAGAACAAGGGACAAUAAAUAAUGAAGAGAAUGUCAAUGAACAAGCAAAUUUUGAAGAAAGUAAUUUAGAUGAGCAAAAUAAAGAUAAUUUACAAAACAAUGUUGAUGCUGUUAAAGACGAAAUUUCUAAUCAAACUGAAAAUAAUGAAGAAAACCAAAACAAUGAAAAUAAUACGAUGAAUAUUGAAAACAAUCAAAACGAAUGCUGUUCCGAGAAUUCAGAAAAUGAAAAUGUCAAACCAGUCCAAGAAGAAAACCAAGAAAAAAAUAUAGAUUAUAAUAAUAAUCGUAGAAAAAGCCGAGAUAAUGUAAACAGAAGUCAACUUAACCAAAAUAAUAAUAAAUUAAGGUAUCGAGAAAAUAUUGAGCAAAACAGAAAAUCUGGUGCAUAUUCUAAAAGAAGUGAAGAUAAUCAGAAUCAUGUAACACAUGCAUUACGAGGCAGUAAGCAUAAAGAAAAUGUUGACAUUAAUUUAAAAAAUUAUAACGACGAGAAAAAGGAACAGUCAAAUCAUUAUGAACUACGUGUCGACGCCUUAAAUACUAAUAAGGGAAACAUCGCUCACGUUACUAAAAAUGUUAAAGAAACCAAAAGUAAUAGAUUUGAACAUCGUAUUCGAAUCCAUCACCCUGAACCAAACAUGAAAAUCUAAAGAAAAAAUAAUU